GGGAGUGGGAGGCGGCGGCGGCGGCGGCGCGCUAGUCCUCCGCACAUGCCGGCCCCGGGCGGGGGGCCGCCCCCAGGCCGCGCUCCCGGCCGCCGCCGCUGAGCCCCGCCGGCCCCCGCACGCCGCCCGGCCGCCCCGAGGCCUCGUCUUCCUCCCAAACUUUGCAAAGUCGGCCCGCGUCCCCGCCGCCCUCGGCCGCGCCUCGGCUCGGAGGCUCGCCUCGCAGCUGCAGCGGCCCCGCGAGGAGGAGGAGCCGCCGCCGCAGCAUCAAAGAGACCGAAUUCCCGCGGCCUGGGGGGGAGUCAUGCUUUGCGGUCUGUAAUGUCAGCAGAACAGGAGAAGGAUCCCAUUUCGCUGAAGAGAGUUCGAGGUGGUGAUAGUGGACUGGAUGGGUUAGGAGGGCCAGGUGUACAACUAGGAAGCCCAGACAAGAAAAAACGCAAGACAAAUACACAGGGGCCUUCUUUUCCUCCAUUGUCUGAGUAUGCUCCACCACCGAAUCCAAACUCUGACCAUCUAGUGGCUGCUAAUCCAUUUGAUGACAACUAUAAUACUAUUUCCUAUAAACCACUACCUUCAUCAAAUCCGUAUCUUGGCCCUGGUUAUCCUGGCUUUGGAGGCUAUAGCACAUUCAGAAUGCCACCUCACGUUCCUCCAAGAAUGUCUUCCCCAUACUGUGGUCCUUACUCACUCAGGAAUCAGCCACACCCAUUUCCUCAGAAUCCUUUGGGCAUGGGUUUUAAUCGACCUCAUGCAUUUAACUUUGGGCCACAUGAUAAUGCAAGCUUUGGAAAUCCAUCUUAUAACAAUGCACUGAGUCAGAAUGUUAACAUGCCUAAUCAACAUUUUAGACAAAAUCCUGCUGAAAACUUCAAUCAGAUUCCUCCACAGAAUGCUAACCAAGUAUCUAACCCUGACUUAGCAUCUAACUUUGUCCCUGGAAAUAAUUCAAAUUUUACUUCUCCAUUAGAAUCUAAUCAUUCUUUUAUUCCUCCCCCAAACACUUUCGGUCAAGCAAAAGCACCACCUCCAAAACAAGACUUUAGUCAAGGAGCAACCAAAAACACUAAUCAAAAUUCCUCUACUCAUCCACCUCACUUAAAUAUGGAUGACACAGUGAAUCAGAGUAAUAUUGAAUUAAAAAAUGUUAAUCGAAACAAUGCAGUAAAUCAAGAGAACAGCCGUUCAAGCACCACAGAAGCUACAAAUAACAGCCAUGCAAAUGGGACACAGAAUAAACCACGGCAACCAAGAGGUGCCCCAGAUACAUGCACCACUGAGAAAAGCAAUAAAUCCUCUCUUCACCCAAGCCGUCAUGGCCAUUCUUCUUCCGACCCAGUGUAUCCUUGUGGAAUUUGUACAAAUGAAGUGAAUGAUGAUCAGGAUGCCAUCUUAUGUGAAGCUUCUUGUCAGAAGUGGUUUCAUCGGAUCUGCACUGGAAUGACUGAAACGGCUUAUGGCCUCCUAACUGCGGAAGCAUCAGCAGUAUGGGGCUGUGAUACCUGCAUGGCGGACAAAGAUGUCCAGUUAAUGCGUACUCGAGAAACUUUUGGCCCACCUGCAGUGGGCAGUGAUACUUAGUCACAGGAAUUAAAGUUUUUUUUUCCUGUGUCUUACAGAGGUUUGGUGACACAGGAUUUUAAUGUUUGACAUUAUUUUUUUAAAUGCACAUGCAAAAAGAUUAUUUGCCUUUUAGUUUUUAUUAAUAUUCUACUUCAUCACCAGUGCAAAUUUUGUAUUGUCUUUGUUGUCUUAAAUGAGACUAUUGUAUAUGGGGGUGCUUUAGAAAGUACUAUACAAAUAAAUGUUAGUUGUUGUUGUUAAUCAUAAACAUAAAAGCCUCUUGAAGCUUCAAAAUAAUAUAUAGCAAAUGUAGGCAAGUUUUGACUUUUAAAAGUUAGAAUCAUUGAAAAAUGUACAUUGCAGAGCUGAACUUUGGCAAUAUUACAUUAAACAGUUCAAAAAUCUUUCAAGGAUCUAUUUGACAUGUUUUCAGAAAAAAGUAUAUGUAGCUAUAACAUGGAAGAAAGCAUACAUUUUAAUGGAUGUUUUAAAAAGAUAAUAGGGUAUGAUACCAGAUUUCUUCCCAUUAGGGUCCUUGAAACUAGUGAUUUUUCUAUUUUUGAGUCAGUCUUUCCAAGAUAUCUGUUUGUACAGAUACGAGAUGGAUGUUAGCAUAUAGUAGAUGCUCAGUAAGUAUUUGUUGAUUAACUUGUGGAUUGUACCACAUGAAAUUGCUAAUAUUAGAUCAGUUGAAAAAUGACUGCAAUUAGAGUUGAAGUGAAGUAUGUUUCUAGUUGUGCUGUUUAGAAUUUUAAUAGUAUGUUCUUCAGUUUCCUUUGAUUAUUGUUAUUUUAUUAUUUUCCAGAGAAAUAACAUAAUAUCCUCGGAAGAUUUGUGAAUACGUCUUUUAAUAUGAUUUCAAGCCAGGACAUACUGCAAAUGAGAUAGGUGGAAAUAUCAAAUUGGCCUUAGAAGGCUCAGCUGAUAAAAGAACUGCUCAGUGGUGGUUUGAAAAAUCUUGUUAUGGGGAUCUGGAUUUAAAGACAAGCCUCAGGGGAGAUGAGACUCCAUUUUGAGCAAAGACCAAUUAAGAGCCAGGGUGAAAGCUAACUUACAAACAACAAUUUCAAGGCCUUGAAGUAGGAGUUUCUCUGGUGACUGGGGAAAGUGUAAAGAUGGACCCAAGAACAUCCUCCUGGGAGAUGAUCAAGAAUGGAGACAGAGGUAUACUCAUUAAGAUUCAGAACAGUGGAAACCUGUUUUUAGAGCGGAUCAUGACCUGUGACAAAAAAAGAAAAAGAAAAGAAAGAAACUGUAUGACAAUUCAUAGCAAUUCAUACAAUGGUUGGAUGUUGGUGAAGCUCCCAAACUUGGGCCACCAUUAAUGAUUGUAACCAAAAAAGUUCUGAAGACCAUGUGGUGAUCUGCGAAAGAUAAUUAGUUACUACUGUUUAAACCCUGGUGAAAUGACAGUAGCAGCAUAUUGCCAAGAAAUUAAAAUUAUGCAUGAAAUUUUUGAUUAAAAAAACAUCGUUUGGUUAAUAAACAUGAGCCCACACUAUUACAUGGCAGCACUUGACCUCAUAUGUCAGAAGCCACUAAAGCAAAGUUAAUUGAAUUGGGAUAUUAAAUUUUGUCCUGUCCAUUAUAGUUACCAAACCUUUAUCCAGCAAACUACCAUCUUUUUCAUCAUGUGAAGCUUUCUUAUUAAGAAACGUGUUCUCCAAUUAAGCAGUAAUUGGGGAAUAUGAACAAUUUAUAUAGUUGAACAAAUGACAAGUUUUUAAAAAAUGAAAUAUUUAAUAUCCUAGUAGAAAAUUAUUAAUGCUCAUGCAUAUUUUGAUUGAAUAAAACUUAUUUUUUUAAAUAUAGCAUUUUAAUUUUGACCUACAAAAACAGCAAUUUCAUAUGGUACAAGGUAGUAGAAGGUUUUCUCCAUUUACCUGUGACUAGUUAGAGGUGAGUACAAAAUAUUUUCAAUAUAGUUGUAAAUUAUAUAUCUUUAAAAUUUUAGGAAAUGAAAUGGCAUAGACUCUAAUACUAGGUACUCCUUGGUGUGACAACUUUACCAAUUGAAGCAGGUUAAAAUGCAGUAUUUUUAGCUGACUCUGACAUUUGAUGUGUUCAGUAGCAUACUUGAAGAUCCCAUGUUGCUUACUUUAUAGUUUAUAUUAGAAAUACAUGAUUUUAUAAAUCUUUAAGGACCUAGUUCUUGAAAUCCUAGUGAGUGCUGAUUUUGAAGAAAUGAUGCACUGCAUGCUACAAGCCCAGUCUUAGCAUUGAAUCAUGGUUUUUAUGACAACAUAGUUAGAUAUUGAAUAGGAUCUUCCAGUGUCCUCAGAAGUUAACAUUUUACAUGGUAGUACUUGAGUUGUACUUAUUGUUAAAAUCAAUUCUGCAGUUUCUUAAGCCAUCUGUUGGUUACAGUUUAAGUAGUUUUGUGAAAGUAAGGUAACUUCUUCCAAGCUAGUCUAAAGGUACUUGAUUUGUAAUGUGAUUCUUUUCCGUUUCCAAAUAGUUUUUGAAAACUUACAAGUGAAUUUUUAUUCAAAUGCUUAGGUCUUCAGAGCACCUUAUUUAAAUAAGAGUCUGUAAAUAUUCAAAAGAAAAACCCAUGAUUGACUACCAGUGAGUCAUGGGCAAACUAUAAUCAUAGUUUGAUCAAAGUUUGUGAAUCUUUUCAUGUAUUUGAAUUACUCUUCUUAACUAGUUCGACAUUUGUCUCUAUGUGACACUAAGUCAAAAACUACGUAGAUGGUUUUUGAUAGGAAAAUUGAGGAACUAUAAGAAUGUUCAAUUUGACCCAAAGAAGGCUAUUAUACAAAUUGGUAUGGCUUUGUUAGGACAAGUGAUGAGUUGCCCUGAACAUUUAAAAAUAUUAAGUAAUGGAAAGAAAUACACAUAGGUGGAAUAAUCUUCCAGUAGCACUGCACCUUUUUUCAUGUAAUCCUUUUCCUUCAUGAAAGGCCUCAUCUCACAUGCACACAUAUACACAAAGGCACAUAUACACAACUAAGAAGGAAAUCGUGAAGUUUCUCUUAUAUUCUCAAGUUUUGUCUAAGUUUAACUUGACUAACUCUCAGCAAUGAGGCUUUCUCAUGACAGCUAGGUUGUUGCUGAUAGUUUUAAAUCGUCAGUUCCUUUCCCAGAACUUGCUUUAUUCAAUUCAGUAGAGAAUUCCUAGUCCAUUUGUUCUAGAUGCUACUGGACUCACUAAUGCUGAAACAGCUUAGCUGAAUAAAAGAAAAAUUAUUCAGAUAGAGUGUUUAGAAUUAGUUUUGUGAACAGUGUUUUCCUUUGGUGUGAAAUACUUUUAUAGUACUGCUAUUAGGAUUCUUGUUAUCCAGAUUAGGAGAUUAUGUACAUAAAGCAAGAUUUUCCUGUAGUAGGGUUUAUUCUUCAUAGAUUAGCACAAUAUAAAGAAAUCAUUUUUUUAAAGACUUCCAACUCUGCCUACUGGUAGGAAAAAACCUCAAUAGUGUGGGUCACCAUGAAUUCUGCUGACUUUAAUCAUCCAAAUAAGUAUCAGGAGUCCUUAUCUAGUAUUCUUUCAAACUUGUUUGUCUUGAACAUAUUAAAAAUGCUAGUACUUAUUGUCCAGCAUACUAUAGUAAUUGUAUUUAACAGGAAAAAAUAUGUAAGUAAUGAUUUUUUUAAGGGAGCUCUAAAGAAUUUUUGGAUUUCAUUUUCUUACAGUGUAUAGAGGUUUCAUAUGCAUGAACAUUUGUGCUAUUUUAGUUUUUUUUAAUUAAAAAGUUCAAUUAAGAGCAUCCAGGCUCCCAAAGUUCAUUUGUAAAUAGUAGUUUGGAACGUUAUAUAAAAUAAUUAGAUUGUUAGGAAAGCUCAUAAAAGCUUAUUUAAACCAUAAUGUAGUUAACCAGUAGUAAACCAGCGCUCAGUUUUCUUUAGAGAACCAGUCAAUGUAGGAGGUAGAAAGAAACAGAGGUCUUUCCUUUUUCCUAAUGUGAUUCAGGAGAGUUAAGUUUCUUGGUGUUAGUGUUUCCUAGUUGCCCUCUUUCCAUCCUAAACCCUCUGGCGGAAUACAAUACAAGCCAACUUGCCUUUUCCCCUAAUGGAUGCUCUGUGCUUCAAAAUUUCAUCUUUCCUCCACUUAGAACUCCCAUUUUUUUUUCCUGUGGUUAUGGCUGGCCAGGUUUAAGGGAAAAAUGUUUUCCACCAAAAUGCAAAUGAAGAUAGUGAAGAAAGUGGGAUUAAACUUCCUUUUUAAGGCUGCUUAUUCAGAAUAGAUUUUUAUCUAAUAUCUAAGAUUUCCAACAAUAAGACCACAUUUCAGGCAUUGUGGGAAGCAGUCUUUUUAUUGAAUUGAUGGAUGCUAUCUUGAGAGUACUUCCCAAUUUCCUUUAAUUGUUUGGACUUUUCACAGUUUUCUUUCCUCAACUUUUGAACUCAGAGUUUUCUCACUUCCAAAUGUUAGUAACUUGCCCCUUUUGCCUAUUCUGUUUAUCCAGUAGAACAGUAUAGAAGUCGCAUCUGCAUUUUUCUAACUCUUGGUACAGAGGUGGAAGUUUAGAGGUACUCCUGGAGUAAGGAGACUAGGGCUGGCAUUAACAUCUCCCAGGACAUAGAGUCUAGGGGAAAUGAAAAAUGGCUAUCUCAGACAUGAAUACAUCAGAGGCCUAUAUUUAGUUUAAAGUUUUUAAUGAAACUCAAUGGAUAAUCUUUGUCAUAGUUUGUCAAAAUCCAUUACUUGCAAUUAUAUUAAAACUUACUCUAAAUACUUGUACUUUCCUUGUUCUGUAGGUGAUAUAGAUGAUGUUGCUUGUUAGUUAAAAUAUCUUUUAUAAAAGAAAGUCCUGCUUCUUAUCAUGAUGUAUGUGACUUAAAUGACUGUUUCAUAUUAAAACUAUUUCUUCCUUAUGUACUGUUUACAUAUACCUCUUUUUGGGAUAUUAGUUCAGUACUUUUAUACAAAUCUGAGUGUGUUCCACAUUGGUGACAUGUAUUUUUGCAGUAAUUUUUUUGUUUUGUUCUUAGAGCAUGUCUAAAGUAACACAUGCACUAGUGCUGUGGUCUGUGGCAAAAUUACUGUAAUUCAAAUUGGAAAAUAAAAUGUUUCCAGACUUUGUCCAACAUUUAUUCCUAUGGCAAAGGAAAUUACUAUGUAAUACUAAUUAUUUCUUAUGCUGGUAUGUUUAAGCUACUCUAUGAAGUAUGUGAAACAUCAAUAUUUAUGGAUUAGUAGAUGGCCUGAUGUUUUGAAAUGGGAGAGGGGGUAAAAUUAGCAAUUCAUAACACUCAUAAUACAAUAAAUACUUCUUAAAAUUUUUAUUUUCCUCUCACAGUUAUCACUAAGGAAUUAUUAUCUUAAUUGAUUGUGCAUAUUAGGAUUUUUUUAGCCUUUACCAUUAAAAUUACAUACUAGACUUUGAACCUACUCUGAUAUCUUCCAGCCAAAAAAAGAUUCCAUUCACUUCACCAUAGCAAAAUAAGUAGAAAUGCUAAUAUUCAUUUAAAGCUGUUACAGUACCAUAAAAGUCCUCUAAUUUACUUAGAAUUUGUAACCAUUGAUCCAAGGCUUAAAUGGUGUUUACUUUGUACUAUCUGAUGAAAAGAUUUGUUAAUGAAAGUCAUAAUGAAGAUUUUAAAGAAAAAAAUGUUUGAUCUUGGAAGAACGUUAAGCUUUAUAGAGCAUUUAUUUGAGAAUAUCAUUUAAAAAAACAUUCUUUUGUCUUUAAACAAGUACCCAAAUGGAUUGUAAUAUGUAAUAUUUGGCCAAUGCAAAUUUGUAUAUUUGAAAUUGUAUACUUGAAAGCAAAAAAAAAAAAAAAAAGCUAUGAGUGCUUAAACUGCAUAUCUUUUUAAAGCAUUCAAAUUUUUAGACUUUUAUCAGUUCAAACUAUCCUGAAUAAGGUUUUACUAUAUUAGUGAUGUAUAUUACAAGAUAAAUGUUUACCUAUGUUACAUAAAUGAUAUCUCUAUACAGCAUCAUUUUUGGCGUGGUUAUGUAGUGUAUUUUGUAAUUUGAUUAAUUAUUGAUAAGACUGACAUAGCAAUAAAUCUGAUUUGGUUCUUAAUGUUUUUAAAAAUGCCAUGUAUCAUAUGGUAGUAUAAUUCCAUUAUAUUUGAUUUGAAUGUCCAGUGUUUACAUGGGUCUGUUUUGGGGGCUAAAAAUUUAGAAUUACAUGUUAAGGAUUAAUUUUUUUCUUGGUAUCUUCACAUACAAUCUCUUAGAAAUGAGUCUGUUUCUAUUUAAAUCAUAGAGGUUUAAAGAAGUAUUAGUAUUAAAUGAUUCAUGAAUUGCAUUGUGGAAAGAUUUUAAGUUAUGAAAUGACUAGGUUACCCCCAAAUUGUUUAUUUUUUUUGUAUGGUUUUGUACAAGUUACAGUUUUCAGAGAAAUACAAUUGGCUUGGUAACUGAUUGAAUAUAGUGAAUAAUGGAUAGUUUGUCUAAGGGCUUCCAAGUAUUAAACCAAAAAUUAUCAAUUCUGAAUUACUUUUUAAUAAUUACUAUUAAUAGUGGUAAGCCAACUUUACUUUUUCUUUUUAAAAUCUUUAAUUCUUAUAAUUUCCUCCUUUUGAUCCCUUUCUUUCUUCUUUAAACACCAUGGUAAAAUUUAAGAAGAAUUUAUCUUCCACAUUUUAGUUUUUUAUUCUGUAGAUAAGUAGCAAGACAAAUAGAGGUUCUAUCAAAACAGUCCAUGUUAUUGUUGGCCAUUCUUUGUAAGGCUCAUACUAAAUGUCAUUUGUGCAUUGUAUAAAGAAUGUUAUUUAUCAACAUUUAGACCUACUAUUAGUAGAAAUUAUGUGUGGCAGGCUUUCUUGAACAAUAUGUAUUGUAAGUUUGUUCCUAUAGUGUUAUGCUUCGGAUUCUUUUGAAUAAAGCUAGUUUUUAAAGAGAAAAA